AUGCAAAAAUAUACUAAGUUCCUCAAGGAGAUUGUUACCAAGAAAAGAAAAGCUAAGAAGUACGAGACAGUUGCCAUGACAAAGGCAUAUUGUUAUGCCUUAAGCAAGCUGCCACCAAAAAGACAAGAUCCAGACAGUUUUAUUAUUCCAUGUUCGAUAGGAGAAAGUUAUGUUAGGAAGGCAUUAUGUGACCUUGGCUCAAGCGUGAACUCAAUGCCUAAGUCAAUCUACGUGAAGCUUGGAAUAGGAAAUUCGAGACCCGCCUCUGUUAUCUUGCAAUUAGCCGAUCGUUCCCAUGUUUGUCCUGAGGUACGAGUCGAGAAUGUCAUUGUAAAGGUGGAAAAAUUCAUGUUUCUAGUAGACUUUCUUAUUCUAGAUUGCGAGGUUGAUGCCACAUCACCCAUAAUCUUGGGGAGACCAUUCCUAACUACAAAACAUAUUCUUAUCGACUGCGAGAAGGGUGAGCUUAACAUGAGAGUGGCCGACCAAUGUGUCACAGUUAAUGUCUUCCGUACUCUCAAGUAUAUGGAUGAUUCUGAAGAAUACCAGAGCAUUUUUUAA